AUUGAGCAGCUAGCCAACCCCAAGGCCUGGAUCAAUGCAGCCACGCAGAUCUUCUUCUCACUGGGCUUAGGGUGUGGUGGCCUGAUUGCCUUUGCCAGCUACAAUGAACCCUCCAACAACUGCCAGAAGCAUGCCAUCAUUGUGUCCAUCAUCAAUAGUACUACUGCCAUAUUCUCCAGUAUUGUGACCUUCUCCAUCUAUGGCUUCAAGGCCACCUUCAACUAUGAAAACUGCUUAAACAAGGUGAUUCUGCUGUUGACCAAUUCUUUUGACCUUGAAGAUGGCUUUCUGACAGCCAGUAACCUGGAGGAGAUGAAGGACUACCUGGCAUCUACCUACCCAAGCAAGUACAGUGAAGUGUUCCCGCACAUUAGAAACUGCAGCUUGGAAUCAGAGCUGAACACGGUAAGAGGCCUGGAAAGGGUGGGGACUGCCUCUCUCCACACAGUUCAUAAUGACCUGCAAGAGCCUUCACACAGUCCAUGAAGACAGGAAACUGGAUUGUUUUCCCUGCAGCAGUGGUACCAUCUCUUUUGAAGUUUUAAAAACUAGGGAAAGGCAGAGAACACUCUCUCUCUCUCUCUCUCUCUCUCUCUCUCUCUCUCUCUCUCUCACACACACACACACA